UGUUUAAUUCCAUCAUUGUCACGACCCGCUGAAAGCACAGUGAGUAUCAAAGUGCGGUGAUCUCUUUGCGGUGUGUCGAUGACGGCACGUCGACUGUCCAAGGGAUUAAUGUUAUUGCUCUGAGCAAACUCGGUUUGAAUCGACUGUCAAUCGAAGCAGCCACCUGUGCAUUUUAGAGAAUGUAUGCAUUUGCAAAGAUGCAUGUCAAAGAAUGCUUCGUGUCUGCGCCGGGAAAAGCUAUUCUCCACGGCGAGCAUGCGGUGGUGCAUGGAAAGGUGGCUCUUGCUGUAAGUUUGAACCUUAGAACAUAUUUGUGGUUGAAGGCGACCUCGUCUGGGAAGGUUUGUGUCAAUCUUCCAAACAUAGACACAUUCCUGUGCUGGGACCUGUCCGAACUCAAGCGGCUUAUCCCUGAUUCUAGUGCCACAUUGGAAGAAACAAAACUGCUGGAUACUGAACUUGUGAGGAGACUGCGUGAAUUUGUUGGGGUAACCAAUGGAAGCUUGGAUAAUCGCAGCAUGGCGACCUUAGCCUUCCUUUACCUUUACCUCUCCCUAUUUAGAUCAGGAGAUUUGCCCAGCUUGACGAUAUCUGUGUGGUCAGAGUUGCCGACUGGGGCAGGCCUUGGGUCAAGCGCUGCUUUCUCUGUAUGCCUGGCUGCAGCUCUGCUCUCUGCAAGCGGAGCCAUUUCCACUCCUCUGCAAGAAUGGGAUAACACUGCCCGGUGGUGUCAGGAGGAUAUGGAGCUGAUCAACAGUCGGGCGUUCCAAGGAGAGAUGAUCAUCCAUGGUAACCCUUCAGGGGUGGACAAUGCUGUAGGGACAUGGGGUGGCGUACUAAGAUUCCUGUCUGGGAAGAUAAUACCAUUGAGCAGGGUGCCACUAUUAAGAAUCCUCCUCACUAACACUAAAGUACCACGCAGUACCAAGGUACUCGUUGCCGGGGUGAAGGACAAAAUUAACAAGUUUCCUUCGAUCAUGAACCCUGUAUUGGAUUCAAUUGAGGCCAUUUCCUGCUCUUGUGAGAAAAUUCUCUCUGAGAUGACCAGCCAGCCCAUCACAGGAGAGCACUACAAUCUUCUAGAGGAACUUAUUGACAUCAACCAGCACCAUUUAAAUGUGAUUGGUGUGGGACACCCUGUCCUGGACAAACUAUGUCUGGUCACCCUGGCCAGAGGACUCCACAGCAAGCUGACAGGUGCUGGUGGUGGAGGCUGUGCCAUAACCCUUUUAAGGCCUGAAACGGACACCUCUAUUGUCCAGAGUACAAUACAAGACUUGAAGGACUGCGGCUUUGACUGCUGGGAAACCAGUAUCGGUGGUCCAGGAGUCCAGCAGCACUCUGCUCUUUCCGUGAAGGAAGAGGUUCUGGAGAACUUAAGAAAUUACUGAGGCCCAACAAUGGCAAGAUCUAUCUGAGACAUCCACAAUUCCCAGAUGUGGCUGUAAUGGAUCCUGUAAUGUCUCAACUCAUUUCCGUUUGGAAAAGAACUGCUCAGCAUGGCUUGAUUGCACAGUAAAAUGUUGUAAUACGUAGAGGAUGUGGAAGUAUCAGCAAGGCACUUCUCUCUCUAAAUAUUUACUUGUGUUUCCUAUUCUUGGCUGAUUUCCCUUCGGCACAGCCACUGAAAAACGUGUUACGGGAGCAUUUUUGGUAACCUUUCAAAGAGCUCUCCUCUCUGUCCAGUAGAUGGCAUUAACAUUGCAUAAAUGAUUUUUAUUUAAGGGCCUCACAUGAAAGGUUGUGAGCAAUUAAUUCACAUCCAAGCUAAUAAAACCUGGAAGAGUUUGGUUUUUAAAUGCAUUUUGAGUCAUUAAAGCAGUAGGGCUUUUAUGAUUUGUUAGUCAAUCAGUAAGUUGGCCUUUGUGUCAGCAUAACAUUAUAAACCAGUUCUUGAUAGCAAAUUAGAUCUGAAAUGGUCAUUUUGCUUAAUUUCACGUGUAGAGCACAAUGAUUACAACUAUAACAGUUUUACUAAGGAAACUAAUUAUUUUAUUAGUCACCAAAAGCCAAUAAAUGUUUUUUUGUUUUUUUUAUAACAGGAGGAUAAUGAUUGUAACGGGUCUCAUACAUAUAUCUAUUAAUCGCACAUAACAUGUAUAAGAGUGUGUCUGAAUAACUCGUGAUCAGUAAAUGAUAACACAAAAACAGUGUAAACCCAGUUCAUAUGUGAAGCUCAUUAAUCAUCUUUAAUAAGACCGCUAUAAGUUACUUCUUAGCAAAUGCAUGCAGCCCAUCGCUGCAAUAUGCCCAUACUUUUGCUUGCCUUUUCAUGUUCACACAUCUAAGCUAUUUUAAUCAAAUUUGAAGAUUUUUCUGUGAUAGGAUCUAUUGUAUUUUAAGGAAAUGUUAAAUAGUCUAAUCACAGUUUGCCAAAAAUGUCUGCAAAAUACUUUUUUUUUUUUCAGGUCUCAUUUUGGAAUUACAGCCGCUGUGUGCUGUUCAGCUCUAUGAUUGGAAAAGCAAUUGCCUGUGUUUUGUUUUGCUAAUAAAGACUGGGCAGGGGGUGGCAGGAGGAGGGUGGCCUCUCUGGAGCCUCUGGAUUACUGCCACUCUAAUGU